AUCAGAAGAGAAUCAGAACAUUUUUGGAGGACUACGCUGCCAUGAAGCCUACUCGAUAUUCCUAUGCUGAUAUCAAGAGGAUCACAAAUGACUUCAAGGAUAAAUUAGGUGAAGGAGGCUAUGGAAAUGUGUUCAAGGGCAAAAUUUCAAAUGAAAUAUUUGUUGCCGUGAAGCUGCUGCACAAUUCCACAGGAAAUGGGGAAGAGUUUAUAAAUGAAGUAGGAACAAUGGGCACAAUCCACCAUGUAAAUGUUGUCCGCUUGGUAGGCUUCUGUGCUGAUGGAUUCAAAAGAGCUCUUGUUUAUGAAUUUUUGCCAAACGGUUCUCUGGACAAGUUCAUAUUUCCGGAAGGUCAAGAGCAUCAUAACCUUGGAAUGGAGAAGUUACAAAACAUUGCAUUUGGCAUUGCACGAGGUAUCGAGUACCUUCACCAAGGAUGUGAACAGAGGAUCCUCCAUUUCGAUAUCAAACCACAUAACAUCUUGCUUGACAACAACUUUAACCCAAAAAUAUCUGAUUUUGGGUUAGCCAAGCUUUGUGAAAAGGGAAGAAGUGCAGUUUCAAUGACUGCUGCAAGAGGAACCAUGGGCUACAUUGCCCCUGAAGUCUUCUCAAGGCACUUUGGCAAUGUGUGUUACAAAUCAGAUAUCUAUAGUUUUGGGAUGCUGUUGCUUGAAAUGGUUGGACGACGGAAGAACAUUGAUGCCAAUGUGCAAAAUGUUAGCCAAGUGUACUAUCCCGAAUGGGUUUACGGACGGUUGGUUCAAGAGGAAGACUUGAGAAUCCAAGUUGAGGAAGAUGGAGAGGAUGUCAUUGCCAAAAAAUUGGCAAUUGUAGGACUUUGGUGCAUUCAGUGGAACCCUGUGGAUCGUCCUUCAAUAACCUUCGUUCUUCAGAUGCUUGAAGGAAAUGGAGAAAGUCCGAGUCUUCCACCGAGUCCUUUUACCUCAACAGAUCCCAUGAAUCCAAGUAAUCCAAGCUUGCAUAGAAGACAUUUGGCUUCAGGAUUGGCAGUGAUCUCUGAGUUAGAAUAAGAUGCUUCAGGAUUGGCAGUGAUCUCUGAGUUAGAAUAAGAUGUUGAAGGUUAAUUUCAACUGAAAGUCUUGUGUAUU